AUGCACAAAUCCCUCCUAGCUUGUUUCCUCGGCGCCGCCCAGCUAACGGUCGCAAUACCCGACCUCCAACGCGUCCUAGCUCCGAUCCCCUCGGGCUCGGGCGACGCUGGCGCUGGCGUGUCGCGCCCACAUGGCGAUCACACUGUGCACGAAAGUAUAUUAGCAGCAAUUGAGACUCAUGCCGACCCAGUCACCGCUCUAGUCUCGCUUCAGAGUGAAGAUGAAGCUAGAGCAAAGACCGAAGCAGCGUUGGCUGAGCCGCGUCUUUUGCGGAGAUUGGGGGCUCCGAAUGCCAAGGCGGAGUGGAUGACUGAGGGGGAUAAGAUGAGAUUGCGGAGGGAGGGGGUUAAAUUCAUGGAUAUCACUGAUCAUGAAGAGUUUUAUAAGGAGCAGGUUGAUGCUAUGGCUGGGAAGCCACGUCUGCCUGAUCUGGUUCAUGAACGCCUUAUCAGACCUCUUUUCCCGUUCGUUGACACGGAGAGAAUGUUUGGCGUACUUGAACACAUGACUGGAUAUUAUAAUCGCUACUUUGACGAUAUUCACGGCGAAUUGAGCUCUGAGUGGCUUUAUAACCAUAUCUCUCAGAUAAUCGCAUCCUCGCCCCUACACACCCACAUCUCCCUCGAAUAUUUCACCCACCCAUUCCGCCAAUCCUCAAUAAUCGCCCGCUUCGAGCCAAAAGUCCGCAACUUCAAGCAACCAUUGACGAUCCUAGGCGCGCACCAGGAUUCAGCUAACUAUCUCUUCCCUCUUCUCCCGGCCCGGGCGCAGACGAUGACUGCUCCGGUACCGUCAGUAUCCUCGAAGCAUUCCGUGUCCUCGCCGGGGCUGGAUUCGUUCCCCAGGAUGGACCGGUUGAGUUUCACUGAGCAAGGAGCGCGGAUUGGGGCGAUGAUGGAAUUUGAUAUGACCGCUUUCAUUGCUACGAAUGCGACUGAGUCUAUUGGGUUUAUUGCCACCGAGGCUGAUGAGGUCCUCACUAACUGGGCUGUUAAUUUGAGUCAGAAGUAUAUCUCGAUUCCUACUGAGGUUUAUGAUCUUCCUGGUAACGCCGGCUCGGACUAUAUGUCCUACACACAACUCAAUUACCCAGCUUCUUUUGCCUCGGAAGGCAAUCCUGUCGCUGGCGGUAGUUUCCCUGGUGAAUAUGAUCCUUGA